AUGAGGCCCGCGAAACGCUGGGCCUCCCUGGCAGCGACCGUAUUUGCUACGGCCCUGCUUUUGCAGCCCAUCCACGCUGAGGCACCAGUCUCGGGUAGCUACUUACCCCCAUCGACCAGCUAUGGCACUCCAAACUUAGGCGGAGGAAGCUUCGGUGGUGGUCCAUCCUCCACCUAUGGUGCUCCAUCCGGUGGCGGCGGUGGACGUCCAUCAUCAACGUACGGUGCACCUAGUGGUAAUGGAGGAGGACCAUCGUCCACCUACGGCGCUCCAGGACUCGGUGGAGGUAAUGGAGGAGGUCUGUCGUCUACCUACGGUGCUCCAUCAGGCGGAAGACCAUCGUCUAACUAUGGCGCUCCAUCAGGUGGCGGAAGGCCAUCAUCGAACUACGGCGCUCCAUCGGGAGGUGGACGACCUUCCAGCAACUACGGAGCUCCUUCUUCAGGAGGUGGAAAUGGUGGUUUCUCGGUUCCGUCGGGAUCUUAUGGUGCACCAUCCCGUGGAAACGGCGGUGGAAGGCCGUCAUCGACUUACGGAGCACCCAGUGGAGGUGGAGUGUCUACUAGCUAUGGCGCGCCUACUGGAGGCGGUGGAGGAUAUUCAAGACCUUCGUCGGCUUACGGUACACCUAGCACCGGUGGUGGCAGUUUCGGAGGCUCCGGCGGCUACUCUGGAGGCGGCGGCGGUGGCUACUCAGGAGGCGGCGGCAACGGCGGUUACUCCGGAGGCGGCGGCGGAAACGGUGGUUACUCAGGCGGCGGCGGCAACGGUGGUUACUCAGGCGGCGGUGGCUACUCUGGAGGUGGUAAUGGUGGCUACUCCGGUGGUGGCGGUGGAGGUUACUCCGGUGGAGGCGGUGGAAGUAACGGUGGCUAUUCUGGAGGAGGUGGCGGAGGCUACUCUGGGGGCGGUGGAGGUGGCUAUUCCGGAGGCGGCGGUGGUAAUGGUGGGUACUCUGGAGGCGGCGGAGGUGGUUACUCCGGUGGUGGAAGUAGUGGAGGUGGUCAGAGCUACGCCAGUAAUGGAGGUUACCAAUACUAAACACAAUAGACCUCGCGUGACGACCUACGACCUUGUUUCACCUUUGACGAAAGG